GCCGAACCAACUACCCUCCGGGAACUCCUAAGAAAACAAAAAAGCUUCAAAAACAUCCUUUCUUUUUCUCCAAGAAAGCUCUUUUAAUUUCUCCAAAAAAUUUCAAAAAUGGUGAUUAAUUCUUCAAGAACGAGAUCAAGCGGACCGGUGCUACGCUCUGUAUCACCGUCCGGUCGUUUCUACGGCGGCUCGUCGUCAGGCUUCGCUUCCUCCACAAGCUCUAGUUUCUCGUCAACAUCCUUUUUCACCUCCAACCGUCAACAACAACAACAACAGCCUCACCACAGAUCCGCGUCUCCCACACGUGUGAACUUAUUCGCAUCUACGCCGUCGUUUCGUUACUCGAUAGAUAACAGAUCCGUGUCCCCGAACCAAUCCGUCGCCGUUUCGAAGCAGCCUAGCGGUAACAAGAUCCCCGACUCGAGGAGGAGGUGUAUGUGUUCGCCGACGACUCACCCAGGCUCGUUUCGUUGUAGUCUGCAUAAGAACGUGGCGAAUCCGCACGGACAAGGCGCGGCGACGACGUCGUAUUCGAGUAACGGUUUGAAUAUGAGGAGAUCUGCGAUGACGAAUUCGCUGGUGAGGAUCGGUGGUGUUGAAGGUGAGUGGGUGAGAAGAGCGUUGACGACGCUGAUAAGGCCUUCGUCGCAUCAGCUGAAAAGGAGGUCUGCUUAUCAGCCGAGGCCUAGUAGGUUAUCGGUGAUGUCGAAAGCCGAGGAUGUUUGA